GGCUCUCGGUCUGAGACAGCGAGCAUCUAUUUCAAAUAGUUCUUUUUCAUUUCUUUUUUUAUUCUUAUUCAUAUUUUCUUUUAGCAAUGGCAACAAAGACACGGCUGGGAUGGCAAGAACUGUUUCUGAUACUUACAGUGCUGCCUUGCUGUAGGAGUUUGGAGGUUUCUAUUCCACAGCAACUAUACAAAGUCUCAAAAGGAGAUGAUGUUACCUUGACAUGCUCCUUCACUCCAGCCAAUCCAGAUUUCACCUUGCUCGUCCUCAAAUGGUCAUACCUCCAGAACAAUCCAGAUGAACCAACGCAACGCGUGGCCACCUUCUUUACAGACAGUACAGUCGACAUUGUGCCUGAAUAUGAAAACAGAGUCAGAUUGGAGGUUGACACCACUACACAUGUAAGCACACUCCACUUGACGAAGGUGACCAUGCAGGAGAGCCAUAAAUUCCAAUGCAGUGUCAUGAUCCCCGGUGACGAUGAGGGAACAACUUCUGCAACCACUUCCCUUUUGGUUCUGGAACCUCCCUCUAAGCCCCUCUGCACAAUUCAGGGGAAAGCAGAAUAUUGGCAAGACAUCACCCUCACCUGCAAGUCUGUGGAAGGAUCCCCAAAACCCAGCUAUAAAUGGAAUAGCUACAGUGUCCAAAACAUGCCCAGACCAUUUCCGCUGAAGACAACUGAAGAGAAUGGACUCCUUUCAUUAUUCAAUAUUUCCCGAGACACAUCUGGGUUCUUCAUUUGCACGUCAACCAAUGAAGUUGCUUCUGCCAGCUGCAACCUCACCUUAGCUGUGGUGCCAGCCAGUAUGAGCUUAGGGUCUACUACAUAUAUAGUUGGAGGAGUCAUCGCAGGUUUACUGUGUCUAGCGCUUCUCAUCUUCUGUUGCUGCCGGAAGAAGGGCGAAAAGGAACAGAAUGCUGAAGGUUACCCCGAAGACAUGGAGUUUCAUGACAAAGCUGGAGAGCAGUACCGGGAUGACACAAGUGAAGUAAACCCACAGGUUUACCAAGACAAAGCUGUUUCUCAGAACAGUUACAGCGCAAGACCAGCUGGGUAUAAGUCUGAGGAUGACCAACAGAGUUAUUACAGUGGUACAGAAAGACAUGAUGUUAAGGGCAGUGAUAUUGAUACACGUUACCAGGACGACCAGCAUGAUAGCUAUCGUGGCAGCCGUGAUCACCUUGACGAUAAACGUGAUCGUUAUGGUGGCAGUCGUGAUCAUCUUGAUAAUCAGCGUGAUCGUUAUGGAGGAAGUCGUGACCGCCUGGAGGAUCAAAGGGAUCAGUAUGGUGGCAGUCGUGAUAGGCUUGACGAUCAGCGUGAUCGUUACAGGGGCAGUCGCGAUCACCUUGACGUUAAGCGUGAUCAAUAUGGUGGCAGUCGCGAUCGCCUUGAAGAUCAGCGUGAUCAUUACAGCGGCAGUCGCGAUCGCCUUGACGAUAAGCGUGAUCGGUAUGGCGGUAGUCGCGAUCGCCUUGAAGAUCAGCGUGAUCAUUACAGCGGCAGUCGUGAUCGCCUUGACGAUAACCGUGAUCGUUACCGUGGAAGUCGUGAUCGCCUUGACGAUAACCGUGACCGUUACGGUGGAAGUCGCGAUCGCCUCGACGAUCAGCGUAGUCGUCAUGGUGGAAGCCGUGAUCAACUCGAUUACAAUCAGUACUGAAACUGAUAGGAAGAACUUUGUGAAUCACUGAAUAACUACUGAAUCUUGUGCUAAAAAUCUUAUUUGCCUGGAUGCACUGAACUGGUUUCAUGGCUUAGUGCCUCGUCACUUCACUUGGGGACUAUUUGUGGAAUAGUUGCCUGUGAAUCCACUAAUAACAGUGAUUCAGUUGAAGUGAAUAAUAGUCCAAAUAUUUGCUUCAGCCAAACCAAAACAACUACUAACCCUACCACACCUAACGCCACACACCAAUAUUUAAUUAAACAGGGCCUGAUCUGGA